AUGUAUGCUGAAACUCGGCGUAAAUUGAUAUUAGCCGUCGACAAAGCAGCUAACACGGCCAUUCUUGCUAUCGGACCCGUGUUCAUUAGUCUUGCGGUUCUGCUGAUUGGAAUGGCCGUUGCAGUGUACUUUACAGUGGUAUUUCCAACCGUUUACGUUUGGGACGAUGACUAUAUCUGGACAAAAUUUUUAUAUUAUCUAGGUUUAAUACUUAGCAUAUACCUUGUUUUCUGCAUCUUUUUCCAUUAUUACAUGGCUGUGAGAACAAAGCCGGGCGGAGUUCUGAAUGCUGGAACUGGACAAUCGGAAUCUGAUGAUCCGACUUUACAAGGUCUAUUCUUAGAAUUAGAGGAAUAUCAGGAAUUUCCGAAAACAUGCAAAAAAUGUCACCUCCCAAAGCCAGAAAGGGCACACCAUUGUUCAGUGUGUAAAAAGUGUGUACUGCGGUUCGAUCAUCACUGUCCGUGGAUAGCGAAUUGUGUGGGAUAUUUUAAUCAUCGAUAUUUCUUGUUAUUCAUGACAUAUCUGGUGAUUGGUUGUUUCUAUUUUGCCCUGGUCGGAUGGAGGCAAUUCUUGGUCUGCUUGGACAUUGAUUCGCCGUGGGAGUGGUGGAUGCCGCGUCCAUAUAUGGCGUUAUCAUUCUUGCUUGCAGUUGCAAUCGGGCUGGCUCUCGGUGGGAUGUGCACAUGGCAUUAUUACUUAGUUAUGACUGCACAAACAACAGUGGAAUUCUAUAACAACUCAUAUGCAAAACGUACCGCAAAAACGAGGGGAGAGGUAUAUAAGAAUCCGUAUGAUCUUGGGCCCAUAACAAAUUUGUGCCAAUUUUUUAACGUUGGACAGAACUAUCCUAUAUAUACCAUAUUCCUUCCGAUACCUCUUUUGCCACCUGGUAAUGGCAAGAAUUGGGAAAAAAAUGCUGAAGCCUAUAAUACGGUUCAUGAUGAGGCGUUGGAUGAUACAGACUGA